UAGCUUCUCUUUGAUAAAGGAAUCCACGGUUCCAUUAUCCCCUUUUUUAAGGGUUAUAUAUACAAGAAGCUGAGCCUCUUUGUGCCGCCUCCACAGCCAUGGCGAGGAGAACACUUUUGUUCAUCUCUGUUUUGCUGUUGGCUUUAAUGGGAGUAUCCAAUGGGGCUCCAAGAAAGAUGGUAGGGAUAUAUGAGCUCAAGAGAGGAGACUUCUCCGUGAAGGUUACCAACUGGGGUGCAACCAUUCUCUCAGUUAUUCUUCCCGAUUCCAAAGGAAAAUUGAAUGAUGUUGUUCUUGGCUAUGAUAAGAUCGGUUCUUAUGUUAAUGAUACAACUUAUUUUGGAGCUUUGGUCGGGCGAGUUGCUAAUAGGAUUGCAGAUGCACGAUUCUCUAUAAAUGGAACUGUCUACAAGCUAAUCCGCAAUGAUGGGAAUAACACUCUUCAUGGUGGACACAGAGGAUUCAAUCGGGUCAUUUGGACAGUUAAAGAAAAAGUAGACGGUGAAUUCCCUUACAUCACAUUCUACUAUCACAGCUUUGAUGGUGAACAAGGCUUUCCUGGUGAUCUUGAUGUGUUUGUGACCUACAAAAUCGACUACGACUAUGUGUUUAGCGUAUCGAUGCGUGCAGUGCCCAGAAACAAGCCGACGCCGGUGAAUUUGGCCCAGCACACAUACUGGAAUCUUGGAGGCCAUGACAGUGGCACAAUCCUAAAGCAUUCUGUUCAAAUCUUUGCUUCCCACUUCACCCCAGUGGACAAAAAUCUCAUCCCUACUGGUAAAAUUGCACCGGUCGAAGGGACUCCAUAUGACUUCAGAAAGCCCAUGACAUCUGCUAGCCGGAUCGAUCAGCUCCCGGGAGGUUAUGACAUAAAUUAUGUGUUGGAUUCACCUACAGACGUGCAGGGGGUGAGAAAGGUGGCCAUAGUGGAGGAUUGUGAGUCAGGAAGGGUGCUUGAGUUGUGGGCCAACCAGCCUGGGGUGCAGUUCUACACUGGAAACUUCUUAAAGGAUGAGAAGGGGAAGGGUGGGCAUCACUACAAGCAGCAUGAUGGACUGUGCUUGGAGACCCAGGACUUCCCUGAUGCAGUAAAUCACCCUAACUUCCCACGCGAGGUUUAUAGCCCUGGGGAGGUUUAUAAGCACUAUAUGUUGUAUAAAUUUGCCCUCAAAUAGAAGUGAGGUCAUGGGGAAUAUAAGCUACUUUGUUUUUUUAAAAUUUUCUAAUAAGUUUUUGGUGAGUCCCAGGAUGGUUCUAUGUGAAAUCAGGUGCCUGGUUUUUAAUUUUUUUCAGUUGUGAACUACACUUUUCUUUGGCUAUUACUUUAAGGGAACCAAGUUGACAACUUAUAGUCA